UAUCGUUGGCGUAUAACCUUGCUCUCGUCUCCUUGUUUCCUCCGCAUCUGCAUCCGAAUCCCUAAUUCUCUUUCCAGAUCCGAUAUUUCUUUCGAUCAUGGAUGCCUUGGAUUCAGUAUUCGAGCCAUUGAGAGAGUUCUCAAAGGAUAGCUACCGUCUAGUGAAGAGAUGCCACAAGCCUGAUCGUAAAGAAUUUUCGAAGGUUGCGGUUCGUACGGCCAUUGGUUUCGUGGUGAUGGGAUUCGUAGGGUUCUUCGUUAAGCUCAUCUUCAUCCCUAUCAACAACAUAAUUGUCGGAUCUGUGUAGAGGUCAUACGAUCAUCAAGGGAUGCAUGGAGGAUCUUAGUUGUGUUCAAAAUGGUUUAAAAGGAGAACUAUGCUGUAUUUUAGGAAACUUUUUUGGUGUUCCUUUCAAGUAGAAUGAGAUUUGUUAUUCGGUACUUAUACUAGUUUUUAUAUCAUCUACUUUAUUGUUGAACUUGUACUAGUUUUUACAUCCUCUGCUUUUAUUGUUUCACCUGUGCUCGAAUGUGCCACCACUGAUAGUUGUUUACGUUUCAUGUUUAAAGUUA